AUGRAGUCUCAUGCAUGUGAUAAGAAUCCUGAAGAAAACGCUGAAAAACGAGUUACAAAAAGUCGACCCCAUACCAAAGAAGAAAAGAAAGAACAGAAGAAACGAUACAGGAAAAGGAAACGCGAAAAGAAAAGAUCGGAAAUACAAAAGUGUCACGAGGCGAAAGAAAGCAAAAGUCCAAGCAAAGAAGAAGAUGAAGUAACGAAAAUAGCGGCAGAUAAGUCAUUAAUGGAAGCAUCCAGGGCGGCUGUGAUGGUAAAUUUAGCGAAGAAACAAAAGCUUCAAAGGGAGARAACUACGCUAAAUACUUCAACUUUCAAAAGUACUAGUGAGAGUUUCGAUUCUGGUAAAAAGCAGACACAGACGGCAUCRGGAAUCAAAGAAAUCAGACCAGAAUUCCUUGAAUAUUCGACGCUGAUUGGGAGCGGUAGCUAUGGCGAUUGUUACUUUGCAAAAUACCGAGGAAUCAAGGUGGUCAUUAAACGAGGAAGGGCAAGGGACAAUACCAGAGAUAGCAAGCGGGUUAUGGAAGAGUUGAUACACGAAGGACACGUAAUCAAUUCUUUGGGUGAUCACAGGGGGCUUCCACUUUUGUUCGGUAUGAUAACAAAAACACUGCCUGUAUGUUUAGUUCUGCAGUUUCAUGGAACGAACUCUAAAAGUUUGACUCUAUAUCGAGCAGCAGAGAAGAAACUUCUUUCAAAAGAUGACUGCCUAUGCAUUUUUGAUAAGAUUUGUAACGCAAUCGAGUAUGUUCACCACAAAGGUUUUUUGCAUAACGAUAUUAAAUCGAACAAUGUUGUUUUAGAAGAAGAAAGAGAUUCUCCUGGAUACUUUCCAGUUCUAAUCGAUUUUGGUAAAAGUCGAAAGAUCGCAAGCUACUUUGGAAGAAAACUUAUUCCACGUUGUGAAAGAAGUUAUCUUGCACCAGAAGUCGUUACCGGGAAAGAAA